UUUCUGUAUUGUUAUUUUCUGGUGGCUUGGUUAUGAUUGCAAUGGAUGUUAAAUGUGAAGUUGGUUCUAGCGAUGGCAAUUGCUGUUACACGGAUUCUUCGUCAUCCAGUGAACUCAACGAGGAUAAUGACCGUAGGGACCAAGGAGUUGAGAUAACUAAAGGGACUCUUAAUUCGAUUUUAGACGAUAAUUCACGUACGUUUGAAUUUCUAAGAAGUUUUGGUGUUCUUGCUGAUAAGUACAUAUGUGCUACAUGCCGAAAGCCAAUGUCCUGUACUAAGGUUCCACCAAAAAGAAGUAGGGAUCAGCUUAUGUGGCGAUGCCGAAAACACAACGUGUGGAGGUCCGUCCGCAAAGGGACAUGGUUUGAAAGUGCGAGGCUUACCAUGAGAGCUAUAGUUUUGAUGACGUACUGUUUCUGUAUGCGUAAGUCUGUGUUGUCGACAAGUCGCAUUGCAGGAUUGAGCGACAGAAGUGCCCUCGACUGGUUUCUGUCGUGUAGGGAAAUUUGUUCAGCGUUACUGAAGAGAAGAGGAAAGAUAGGAGGCCCAGGUGUUGUGGUUGAGAUGGACGAAUUGCCUUUUAGGCGUGUUAAAUAUGAUUUGGGAAAGUGGAUGGCAGAAGUCUGGGUUUGGGGAGCGGUCGUUUGUGGGAAAGAACAUGGGCAGCUGGUUUUGAAAAUGGUUGAGAAGAGAAAUGCGAGGACUUUGCAAUGUCUUCUCGAAGAACAUAUCGAGGACGGGACUGUUAUAUGUUCAGAUAAGUGGAAGAGUUAUGAGGAUGAAGGGGAAGUGAAUCUUGAGACUUUUGCAGCUGAUCACAAUUAUCAGUUUCGCAAUAAAUUGAUUGGUACUAUGGAGCAACAUUGGGAGGGCAUACAGAGAGUUGUGGGGAGAGGGAAGAGAAGGCUCGGUAGUUUGCAGGGCCAUUUGGACGAAUAUGUUUGGAGGGAGAGCGUGUUUGGACAGGGGUGUGUGUUUCAUUCUUUCAUGCGAGGUGUGGGAACGCUUUACGUACCGUGUGUAGAGGACCCUACACCGGCACUGCAGGACUCUAGGCGUGUAGCAGAACACUCUAAGCCAGCAGCUGGAGUGCUAAUACCUGUAGCAGUAAAGCGAGAACCUUCGCUGUCAGCAACUGUUCUAUCCUCUCCAUUAGCAGCUGGAGACGCAUCGCCAGCAGCAGUAAAGCGAGAGCCUUCACUGUCACCAGAUGAAUUCGAAGAGCUGACACCAGUAGCAGUAAAAGAAGAACCUUCGCUGUCAGCAGCAGGUCCAUCCUCACCAGUAGAAGCUGCAGUGAACGUUACAGUGCAGCCAAAGGAGAGGCCUACGAGGCACAGGAAACGUGUGGUACGCGAGGAUUUUUGGUAUCCCACCUCGUUUAAGGACUUUUGUGAUGCGGAGUUAGAGGAUUAGGACAAGGUUUUGGUGUAAUGUUCCUUUAUUUUCGGUUCAUCUGCCAGGUGUGACGUAUCUGGCAAAACACUUUAGAAAUGGUCAUUUUGAAACUUUGUCUGUAUGGAGGCAUUUUGUGUGAUGGCCCUUUGCUCAUUUGCACUGUCAGUUUAUCCUCGUGACAUUCGAGUGAAGACUAUUUGUAACUUUGUGGUCUGUGAACUUCACUUUUAACCGAAAGUGUAAGGAAGAUAGAAUGCCAGCUGUAAUAGCUGAUCAAGAAAUGAUGCAGCUUCCUCAUCGAGAUCUAGAUUUGAAACAGGAUACGAGUUAGACCCGAUCAAGUGUAAGGCUGUGAUUAUACACCAGAGAAUGGCCCAACCGGUCCGACUGCCGAACACUCUGACGUGUGUGGGAAGAACUGACAGAGUUCCAAAUGGUGCCUCUUCGUAACAAUGCAAUGACAUUUUCUUUUGUUGAAAAUGAGCCCUAAGGAUAAAAGUUUGUGGUUCAGAUUUAUGUCACAAUGCAGAAAACAGAAGAUUUCUCACAGAAUAACAUUCUUGUACACUUGCACCAAUGACAAAGCAGUUACAGCAGACGUAGAGAAAUUUAAAUACUUAGGGACAUACAUCAGCAAAAGUGGACUGGGUAAUAGCGAAGUAAAACACAGAAUACAACAAAGCAGAAAAGCAAUUGGAUGCAUCAGUUCUUUUGUGGACCAAGAACAUUUCUAACGACAAUAAGAAAAUGGUGGGUAGGCUAAUGGUCAAAUCUGACCCGUGCUAUGGAUGGGAACCACGAAUUUUAAAUGUUCACCUUUGCAGAAGACUAAUAACUGUGGAAACCGAUUGUUUGAGGAGGACCUUCAGAAUAUUGAGACUCGAGGAAAAAAGUAAUGACGAGUCUAGAGCUCGAAUGAGCGCAGAUGAAACAGUGGUAGAACUGGAAGAAAAUCAUUAAAGUGGUAUGCUUAUUUACUGACCAUGCCAGAUCAAUAGAGAUCAAAGAAAAUUUUUUUUGGGAAACCACGUGACAGAUAUAAAUGUGGGAGACCGUAGCGUUCUCGGAAAUGCCACAUCGACUAAAUAAUGGAAUGUUGAGGUGUACACGAAGAGCGAACCUCAGCAGAGAGGCGUGACAGAAGACAACAACAAUACAGCAUAAUGUUUUAUUUAUGUAUGUAUUAAUCAAUAUAAUAAUAAUAAUAAUAAUAAUAAUAACUGUAAUAAUGAAUAAGAAAGCUCUCAGUUUCACAAUAUUUGUUUCAGUUACGGUAUUCUAAUGUCACAAUUCAUUGAUUUCAGUGUUCAUAUAUGGACUGUUUGUUAUUACAGACAGUAUUAUCUUUUGACAGUCAGACGAGA